AACCUCCAUAAACACAAAUCAAAAAUAGCUUCACUACUCAAAUAUGAUAUGAAUAUACUAUAAUCUAGCUUCAUUUUCCUUUAUACCAACAGUUUCUCCAAAAUUAACUAUGGCCUAUAGCAUGGCAACAAACUCAAAAGGCCAAGCAUGGUUUUGUAGCACUGGUUUGCCUAGUGAUGUUGUUGUGGAAGUUGACAAUAUGACAUUUCAUCUACACAAGUUUCCUUUGAUGGCCAAGAGUAAAAAGCUUCAUGAGCUAAUAACAGAACAAGAGAGCAAAAGUAACAAUCAAGAAGAGAAUAAAGAUAUCCAGGAGGAAAAUGAUGACCAGGAGGUUGCAGUGGCAGUGGCAACAGACGAGGGGGUGCGGUACAGCCAUCUCAGCUUCCCGGACUUUCCUGGGGGUCCGGGAGCAUUUGAGAUGGCUGCAAAGUUUUGUUACACAGUGAAGUUUGAGAUUACGUCAUCAAACGUUGCUCAACUUCGCUGUGCUGGAGAAAUACUAGAAAUGACUGAAGAGUAUUGCGAAAACAACCUUGUUUCCAAAACCGAAAGAAUCUUGUCCCAAACCGUGCUUCAAAGUUUACAAGAUUCGAUUGAAACACUAAAGUCAUGUGACCAUUUGAUGCCUUUGGCGGAUUCUCUUGGCAUUGUUGAAAGGUGCAUUGAAUCUAUUUCCACAAAAGUUGCAGCAUUGGAUCCGGCUUUGUUUGGUUGGCCAUUGAAUGAACCACCAACCCGAAAAAUGUCCUGGUUUGAUGAAAUGACAUACAUUAGUCCUCAAUUAUUCAUCAGAUUAAUCACAACUAUGAAAAGUCAUAGCACAAAUCACGAAAUGAUUGAAACUUGCAUACUUGGGUAUGCCAAGAAACAUAUCCCCGGAAUUAUUCGUUCCAAUCGAAAACCGAUUCCUUCCUCUAAACCUUCAGAAGGGAAUCAGAAAGAUUUAUUGGAAAAAAUUGUUACAAACCUUCCGGCACAAAUUUGUUCAAGCUCUUCAACUAGAGUGAAGCUAUUUUUCGGAAUGUUAAGGACAUCGAAUAUUCUUAACACAUCCGAAGAAUGUAAAACGAUUUUAGAAAAGAAGAUAGGCUCCCAAUUCGAAAAUGCGACGCUAGAUGACCUUCUAAUGCCGAGUUAUUCCUAUCUUAGUGAGACGUUAUACGAUGUAGAUUGCGUUCAAAGGAUACUAGAAUAUUUUCUACUUAGCUUGGAAGAUGAUAAUAAGCAGGCUGAAUUAGUACUUGUUGGUAAGCUAAUUGAUGGUUAUCUAUCUGAAAUCGCAUUAGAUGCUAACCUCAAACCAGAAAAGUUUUACGAUCUUGCAAUUGCGUUGCCAGAACAAGCCCGGAUCUAUGACGAUGGUCUGUAUAGAUCCGUGGAUGUAUAUAUCAAGGCACAUCCAUGGAUAACAGAGGCAGAUAGGGAAAAAGUUUCCGGAGUAUUAGACUGCCGGAAACUAACACUAGAAGCGUGCACGCACGCUGCUCAAAAUGAACGUCUCCCACUAAGAGCGGUGGUACAAGUUUUAUUUUUCGAGCAGAUUCAGCUUCGACAAGCAAUUGCGGGGACACUGAUGGCGGCAGAAAUGGGUCCCUCUGACUCAGAAAAGUCACCGAGGACACGACAACAACAAGAACAACACGACGAAAUGGUGGUUGAAGGGGAUGAUGGGACGUGGAGGGCGGCCGUGAGAGAGAAUCAAGUGCUUCGGUUAGGGAUGGAUAGCAUGAGGAGAAGGGUACAUGAGUUGGAACGUGAAUGCACGACAAUGAAGAUAGCAAUUGAAAAGAUCGAUAAGACAGACCAACCCGGUUGGUUCACGAGAAAGCUUGGGUGUACAUUUAAGACCCAAGUGUGUGAUUCGCAUGAACCAUCGGUUGUUGAAACUCGAAAGGGUCGGAUUCAUAGAACUCGCCGUGAACUUAAUAAUAAGAAGAAGUUAGUGUAAGUUCUGAUUGACUGAUUGUUUCAAAUUUAUUUUGAUUGUUUAUGGUUCAUGACAAGUCAAGUUUGAUGGGUCAUUGCUCAUGAAUUGAAGGUAAAUAUACAUUCUUGGUGUUUGAUUUACUGUCA